UAUAAACAAAAAAGGCAACAUUCGUUUGUUUAGUCAGCAAAAUAUAAGUAAUUGAAUAAGCAUCAGUAAAAUGUGCCUUAUAAAUGCCAAAAAACACCAGUUGAAUGCUUUUAAUAAUUCAUGUAAUUAAAAUAUUUCUUCAUAUAAAGUUUAUGUGCAAGAAAAGUUUUAAAAAAGAUUCUUUAAUUCGGUAAUGGUUGAAGCUACGGAAAUGAGAGUUUUGAGAGAAGAAAGAACAACAAAAUUUUUUAACGCGGUUAAGGAUGUUGUAUUAAAUGAACAAGUUGAUUUUCGUGUUACAAAAUUGGAUAUUGUAUCGAAUGUUGUAUCGAUAUUAUUUCGAUUAUUUACAGUAUUAUUCAAUGCCUAUCUCGCACACGAGUACUAUGCAAAAGGCGAAAUAUUAUUUUUUAAACUGACAAUGUGCUUCAUACUGAUUCCUGCCUUUAUUUCUAUUGCCUUGUCAAUUACACUACAUUAUGAGGACUCGAAAUUGGAAGACAACAAGCGAAAGAAAGGAUAUUGUAGUCUUAUCUUUUUCGUCGUAAUUUUUCCUUACACUUUACGUUUCAUGCAAUCCCUUAUUUAUCAAAUCAAAUGUUUACGAGCACAACGUAACAAAGACGAGGAGAGACAAAGACUAUACUAUAAACUUAUGGUAAUGGAAGAGAGCGAUGUUGCACUUAUCAGAAUAAUAGAAAUGUUUUUAGAUUCGUGUCCUCAUAAAAUUAUUCACAUGACAGCAAUUGUAAAUUCAGGAUUUAAUCCGACAUUUGCACAAAUUCUAUCACUGUCCAGUGCAUUUAGCGGUUUUGCAUGGAGUAUGGCUGCAUAUCAACGAUGCAUAAGACUGGCGCAACCUGACAAGAGACAAUUGAGUUUUGCAGGCAUUUGCUGCCAAUGUGUUUGGCAUUUCCUUGUAACAUUUGCUCGUGUUCUUUCAAUCGUUCUUCUAACAUCAGUAUUUCCAUAUUAUUCUCUGAUUGGCGUUGCCAGUCAUGCAUUUCUAAUGACCCUAUGGGUUUUUCUACUCGAUCGAUCAAAGUUUUGCUCAUAUACGAGCGUUCAUAGCUUUGCAUUCUCAAUGAUAUUUGGUGCUGUUUUUAUUUUUACUUACAUAUUAAUGAAAGAAACAAAAAAUACAUUUUCACGAUAUGUCUUUUUCUAUUGUCUCACUGGAAUCAAAAAUUUGAUUGCCAUUAUAAUUUUCUUCAUGUAUACAACAAUUUCAAUUGAGUUUGCUUACACUCUUAGUAUUGUUCCAAUUUUAUCAUUCACAUGCGGUAUUGGUGCCAUGAUUUUUUAUUAUAAAUAUUUACAUCCAAAUAUUUUGAGUCGGAGGGAUCUCGUAACUGAACUUUGAUAAGGGUUUUAAAGUAAACGAUUAUUAUCAGGAAUUUAUGGUAAUUGGAAAAUUUUAAGACAAUUACAAUAAUUUUACAAAACGUUUAGAUUUUAGAAAUGUUUGUCGUACAUUUAUACAGUUACAAAACAUUAACAGUUGUUCGCCACUUAAAUAAAGUUGGCACUAACGCCACUUAAAAGUGUCAAUUGAAAAUUUACAGAGAAUUUUAGACUUUAAUUAACCAGAAAUAAUUUGUAAAGUGGAAAUCAAUUUGAUAUUAUCUUUGAAAAUGUUUUAUUUUUCAAGUAGAGAUCUUUGCAAGUGAUAAUUAAUAAUGAUGAGGUCACUUAAUUAGGAAGAUUCUAUGGAUCUGUAGUAUCUCCAGAAAAAAAGUUCACUAUUUUAAAAAAUUACUGAUAUUGUUGAAGCUGAAUAAUUUUGAUUAUCGAGUUGUGACUUAAAAAACUCAAUUCCUUUAAAUUAAUAAGAAUAAAUUUUCCCAAUGAAAAUCCAGUAUAAAAAGUGAAAUUAAAAUAUAUUCUUUAACAAUAAUUAGUUUACCCACAAAUACGAUGGAUGAAAAAAAUAAGCUCAAGUUAUUGUCCCCAAGUGAUUGACAAAAAGUUUAUGAGACUUACGGUCGUAAUUGUUGAGGCUACUUUUCAUAAUCAAAUUAUAAAGUUUGAUUCAUGACCAAUGUGUCUCAUAAAACACAACUUAAUUAGAUUUUAUACUAAGUAAAUUGUCGAGACUGUCCAGUGAAUAAAAUAUUUUGUAUUAUCUGAAAAGUAGAAAAUCAAACAAAAAAUAAAAAAAG